AGACCAACGCGUGGUAAUCAAGAGGUAGUAACACCAUGAAAUCGUUCCAAUUUGCCUUCCUCUUGGCAAACUAUGCCCUAAUGGGCAUCUUGUUGUGUUACGAUCAGCAUAACAAGAAAAAACUAGCUGAUCUUACCACCAGGAUCCGCAGCUCUGACACCGCCCCCACAUAUAGAAAUCUUACUUGGAAUGACAUAAAUUUUGUUCAUACAACAGAUACUCAUGGAUGGUAUUCCGGUCAUUUGAAUCAAAAGCAGUAUAAUGCUAACUGGGGUGAUUUUAUAUCAUUUACUUCCCAUCUCAGACAACAAGCUCUUGAGCAGGGCCAAGAUUUGUUGUUGAUUGAUAGCGGGGAUCGUCAUGAUGGAAAUGGGUUUUCAGACAUCACCUAUCCAAAUGGAUUGGUUAGUACCCCUAUUUUCAUGAAACAGAAUUAUGAUUUGUUGACCAUUGGAAAUCACGAAUUGUACGUGUGGGAAAAUUCAAGACAAGAAUAUGAACUUGUUGCUGAUUAUUUUGGGGAUAAAUAUAUAAGUUCAAAUGUGGAAUAUAAAUUUGAGAAUGGGACAUUUGCUCCAUUUGGGCAAAAGUACAAGUAUUUCACUACUCCAGUGCAACAAAUACGGACAUUAGCCCUUGGGUUCUUGUUUGAUUUCAAUAGGUUUAACAAUGGAACUAGGGUUAUUCCAAUAGCAGAGGUUAUUACGCAAGAUUGGUUUAACGAGGUGUUACAACAACAUAAAGAUAAAGUUGAUUUGAUUGUUAUUGUGGCACAUACUCCAAUAUCUCAUGAUUACCCUGAAUUAUAUAAUUUGCACUCACACUUGCGUCAAUAUUUCCCAGAUACGAUUAUCCAAUACUUUGGAGGCCACAGUCACAUUCGUGACUUUACUGUGUUUGAUGAAUUAUCUACUGGGUUGCAAAGUGGUAGAUAUUGUGAAACUAUAGGAUGGACCAGUGUAAAUGUCAAGGGCAAUGUCAGUUUACAUGAGAGAUUUGCACGAUCAUAUUUGGACUUUAAUUUGCAUUCAUUUUUACAUCAUACAAACAAAUCGAUUCACGAAUUUGAUACUGACAAAGGUAAGCACGUUUCCCUGUUGAUAACCGAGACCAGAAACAAGUUGAACUUGAAUCGCGCAUUGGGAUAUGUUAAUGGUAGUAACUACUAUAUUGAUUAUGUUCCAAUUGAUCAUAAAAAUAAUAUCUUUGAUCUUUUGACCAGUAAAGUAUUGACUACUUUAGUUCCUGAGGGACAUACUAAUACAACUAGUACCUCCGAUAGAAUUAUUAUCAUUAAUACAGGAUCUAUCAGGUAUGACUUGUAUAAGGGUCCAUAUACUAUUGAUUCGCAGUAUAUUGUGUCACCAUUUGAAAAUUUAUGGGUUAAACUUACAGUUCCUAAAUCAAUCGCAACUCAAGUAGCAGCCAAGCUUAAUGAUAAUGGAUAUAUUUAUGCAAAGGGGCAAGCUGAUGCUAUAGAUAAUAGAAGACUUUUGCCUCCACAUCAUUACUACUCUUCAGAGAGAACUAAACGUGAUCAAACUCCUUUGAUACUUUCUGAAGUGGAGAGGAAAAAGCUAUCCAAGGGAUAUGUAACUUUUGACGACUUUGGUAACGAUGGUGACGAUACAUUGCAUAAGCCUGUUGUUAACUUCCCUAUACCUAAUGUUGUUGAAAGUGUGCAGAUACACUCCGAUUCUGAGGAAGACAUUGAUUUGAUUUUCUACGAUUUUAUUACCCCUAAUAUAGUUUGGGCAUUAAAUGAAUUGAAUUACACCAAUUUUAACAAGUCUCCUUCGCUUUACUCGUCAAAGUACUUGGGUGAUCUUUUAACUGAAUAUAUUCAACAAUUUAUUAUUUAGUUAGCUAUAUUUUUAAAAUUGUAUCUUCUGGUAUAUACGUAAAUCUAUAAUUUAAACUGCUUAUUAUUUCUCCCUUUGAAUUGUUAAUGACCGAUUCAUCGACAACUAAAUUAACAUUGAGUCCGAAAUUUGACCCCCAAAUUGGUCUCACAGUUCUACCAAUGGAAUUAUCAGUUAUUAAAUCGGCUGAUUCACCCAAUCUAUUUCUACCACUUUGAUCGAACUUGACUUUAGCGCAGAAGUUAACUAUGAAAGUACCAGUUCCUGGAAUUAAAUGGCAAUCAAAACUCGUUAAUUGAUGUGAUGAUAAUGGGGUAGCUAACCAUUUCUUUUGGAAUUGUAAUCGAGCAUCUUCUUGUGGAGUAGGGAUUAUUGGUUUGCCAUUGACAAUUAUAGCACAGUCUCGCUUGACGUUUGAGGCAAAUUGGGUGGCGUAGGCUUCAACGUUAGGGAAUGAUUGGGUUGGUGAUGCAUAUUGUGCGUCUAGUGAUGCUAAUAAAUCUUUAAGAAAUGGCUCUAUUGGUUGGGUUGGAUCUUGUUGAUUCAUGCUGUAUUAAUGUGGUAUGGUACUUGAUUCAACUUUUGUAAUGUUCACCGUU